UUUUACUGCCUCAACCGCCAGCUUUCCAUACGUGGCUCAGUAUAGGCACUCCUGUUUGCUGCUACAUAGACUGAACAGGACAUUUCUCACACCAGCUCUGAAUAUAACGGACAAAAAGAAUGAUGGUCAAUAUAAUAAUGUUUUGCCUGACGGGAGCAGUUUUUGCCAACCCAAUUUCCUUCAAUGCCAUUUUGGAAUCAAAUGAGCUUGACUCAAACUCGACUGAAAGUUUGUCUGUUUCACAAUCUCUGGAAAAUGGCACCUCAGAGCUUCAGAGCUCUGAAGAAAAUACCUCAAGUCAAAGUCAGAGUUCAGAGUCUGAAUCAGAAUCAGAAUCAUCAGAAUCCACAUCAGAGGACAAGACUUCAGAGGAGAGUAACAGUCUAUCGGAUGAGGAUGAUGUGACAGACUCCAUGGGUGAAACCAGAGAUAAUAGCAUGGGCAGUGAGGAAAACAUUCGAAAGAGUUGGGUUCAAGUGUUCGCAAGCAUCACCCAAUUCCUGAGAGCAGAGGACAAUAGCAGCACAGAGGUAAAGGGUCAAUCAGAUCAACUGACUGAGAAACAGCCCACUCAUACCUCCACUAGCACCAACGCCAGACAGGAGACCAACACAAACCUACCGCUGGUGGAGAAUCCCACUGACAACAGUGACACCGCCAGCGACAGUGCAGACACCAGCGAAAGUACUAUUGUCAUCACCAAUGACAGCAGUGAGAGCACCAGCAGUGAGACCAGUGAGACCAGUGAGACCAGUGACAGCAGUGACAGCAGUGAUGCCAGCAAGAGCGAGGAGGAUAGUAAUGCCAGUGACAGCGCCGAGCUAGGGCAAAUCAAAACCAGAGACUGUGUGAAUGGAACCCAGAGCUGUGAGAGUGAAGAGUAUUUGUUCCAGGAUAUAGGAGACGAUGCUCAUUACUCAGUGGACUCUCUGAUGGUGCCAGAUGAGGAUGAAAGGGAGUUAAGUCUAAGGAGAUGAUGACAUGCAGUUGUGCAGCUCUAUAUUUUUCCACUACGAACUACUGUACCAUUAAAUGACCUGCCUGAAGCCUUCAGGAGGACGCAUUUUACUCUUGCCCAUCGCUUCUGAAUGUUGAUUUUGGCAUUACAAUUUUAACUGCAACUGAUUGAUUUUUGUAUAUGUGAUUACUAUUGUGACGAUGAUGUAGCCGAAGCAUUUACUUUGACUGUUUUGAUGAUAA